CAGGGCAAUGCUCGGCUCCAAGUUCAACACUAAAUGAUACCAGCCCGAAGGAACAUAGAGAAUCUCGCCUUCGCCGCAGAUACCUUCAUGACAACCAGGCGUGCGUCGGGCUUCUGCGUGGAACCCUAACAGCCACUCAGCAAUGCUUAGUGGGCUCGUCACUUCGCUUUGGUCCUCGGAUACGUAUACGCCUGGUGGUGGCGGGAGUGAUGGAGAUGAUGGAAACAUGAUCCAGUACUUGCUUCCCUUGAGAGGCGCGUUCCAUGCGCUGGUUGCGUUUGGAUCCUUGUGGAAAGUGCUGCCGCUUCGUUCCGGGCCUACAAUCAGCCAUCGGUGGUCCGGUCUUUGGUCUCUGAGGAGAGCGAACAAGUCUGGCCCGAAGCAGGUGGGAGGCCAGUAGUCUGCGUUUGGUGAUGGCUCGUUGCUCACUGUGAGAUCCAUCUUUUCCGCAAAACCUCGAUCGAAGAGAUAAAGCGGGCUUUCGUCGAGACUGCUGUCAUUCAUGUACUCGACAUAUUUCUUCAGCGGCCAGUCCACAGCUUCGGCACGGAAGGUGACAUCGCCGUAUCUCUCAAGCAGCUUCUCCGUCGACCAGUUGUUGUAGACUGGCCACUCCUUGACGGGUUCCGUGAGUAUGAACGGCUUGCUGUACCAAUGUGAUGCGAACUCCUCGUAUGCGAGGUUCUUCAUCCGUGCAAUCUGAUUCUGCUUCGGGAUGUUCGACGCGUAAGGAUGCAGAGGGACGUGAGCGCAGAAGAAUGGGCGAUCAAGACUGGGAGCAAGCUGGACACGAUGCAACGGAACAAGAUCUAGCAGGACCCGGACACCAUGGCCGACUCGAAUGUACCGUCAGCCAACCCCAAAAGGAAGGUGAGGGCACCCAAAACGCCUACGUUUCCUACCUUGUCACCGCCAACACCGACUUCAAAUCCUUCCAAUCCUCACACAUCACGACACGCCGACGCUUCACCGACUUCGUUUUCCUCUACCGCACUCUGCAAAAGGAGUAUCCUCAAUGCGCCGUACCGCCUCUCCCGGACAAACAUAACAUGUCAUACGUACGAGGUGACCGCUUUGGGCCAGACUUUACAGCGCGGAGAGCACAUUCACUCGGGAGGUUCCUCACACGCCUGACGCUACACCCGGUAUUGCGGAGAGCGACGAUCUUGGUACUGUUCCUGGAGUCGAACGAUUGGAAUGCGACAAUGAAGUCACGACCGCAGAGAGGCAUGAGCGGGAGCGAUGGAGGAAACAGCUCGGUGUUGGAGAGCUGGACGGAUGGCUUCCUGAACGCUUUCACAAAACCACACAGGGCGGACCAGAGAUUUCAGGACGUCAACGCGCGGGCAUCAAAGCUGGACAGCGACUUGGGUACCGUGAGCAAAACAGUCGCACGGGUAGCAAAGCGCGAGUCAGAUCUGGAAGGCGACUACGCAGACCUCGCGACACAAUUUCAGAAACUUGCAGCCCUCGAACCCGGCGUGGAAGAUGAACUCACAAGAUUCGCGGCGAGUGUACAAACCACGAGCGAAGGCUGGAAGGGACUGAAAGACCAUACCGACCAGGACUAUCUCGGCUCUCUCAAAGAUAUGGAAGCUUACAUCUUGUCAGUCAAGUCUCUGCUCAAGACACGUGAGCAGAAACAACUCGACUUUGAAGGCCUGACCGACUACCUCACCAAAGCGGCGCAAGAACGCGACACGCUCGCCAGCCACGGCUCGAUGGGCGCUUCUGGUUUCCUACGACAAAAGAUCGAAGACGUACGCGGCGUGGACCACGAGCAGUCUCGACGAGAGAGGCAACGGAAAUUGGAGGUGCAGAUCAGCCGACUCACGACGGAGGUGGAGAACGCGAAGAAGACGAGCGAGGCGUUUGACGAGGAGGUCGUCAAGGAGAUUGCGGACUUUGAGAGGAUCAAGGCGAGUGAGUUUAGAGAUACGUUGGGGAGUCUGGCGGAUGCGCAUGUGGGAUUCUUCGAGAAUAAUAUCAAGAUCUGGGAGAGGUUUGUAGAGGAGGAAGAGCGACGGCAGAAGGAGAUUGACGCAGCGGCAAAGGCGGGAUGAAGGGAGGCAUCGAAUUGAAUGCAUGAAGGUAGGAUGUCGACAUGAUACCACGAUCCGUCCAGUGUGGCGGGUCGAUUGACAUAGAUGGAUUCAUGCAAGCU